UAACGGUGGAUUUUGGCUCGGGGAAUUGUGUUUUUUGGGGGAGGAGCGCGUUGAGCGCCGUAAUUUGUUCCCAGGAGACGAGGCUCUGCCAAAUCGUGGGGUAUAAAUUGCACGAAAGCUGCGCGAGACGGAGCGCUCCACACCUCGCUCAGCCAAAAUCACCCAUCGCCUCCCCAUCCCUCCAAACAGCCCCAAGCCAGAGCCCCGCCACGCCGGCCGGCAUGAGAUCGCUGCCUCCUGUGGGCGCCGUUUGCGCAGCGCUGGCAUGCUGCUGCUGCUGCGUCUGGGGUGCUCCCACCGGCUCUCCGUACAAGUGCUCAGCCGGAGGCCACCCCAAGUACCAGCUGGUGUUCACCGGCCGCUGGAGCCAGACAUCCUUCCCCAAGCAGUACCCGCUCUUCCGUCCACCUGCUCAGUGGUCAUCUCUUGUGGCGGUGGUGCACGGGCGCCCCUUUCAGAUGUGGCGAGCGAGCCGCUUCGCCAGCCCCGGGGUGCGCGAGAUGUCGGAGCGCGGCGAGGCGUGGGGCAUCAUGCGAGAGGUGGAUGCGCACGCGCAGGCCCGCACCGCCGCGGCCCGCCCGCCCGCCGUGGCCGGCGUCUUCUCGGCGCCAGCGCUUCCCAACGGAACCGGCCAGAGCUCAACCGAGCUGGAGUUCACCGCCAAGCAGCCCUUGUUGUCGCUGAUGGUGCGUCUAGUGCCGAGCCCGGAUUGGUUCGUGGGCGUUGAUAGCCUGAACCUGUGCGAGGGCGAGCGCUGGAAGGAGAGACUCUCCCUCGACCUUCAGCCGUACGACGCCGGCACGGAUAGCGGCUUCACCUUCUCCUCGCCCAACUACGCCACCAUUCCCCAGGAGCCCAUAACGCAGAUGACAUCUUCUUCCCCGAGCCAUCCAGCAAACUCAUUCUACUACCCCAAGCUGAAACAACUUCCCCCGUUGGCACGACUUGUCCUCACUCGCAUGGGCAAGAGGCCACACUCCUCCAAGAAGGCGCCACCCAAGGGCAAUGACAUAGAGCAGCUGACAGAGACACCUUUGGACUGUGAGGUGGCCAAAUGGUCACCCUGGGGGCUCUGCUCCGUGGAUACGUGCGGGCAGCCCGGAGUGAAACGGCGGACGCGUUACAUACGAGUGAAGCCAGCCAACCAAGGCGCGCCGUGUCCCGAGCUGGAGGAAGAGACGGAGUGCUUCGCUCCCAAUUGCGCUGUCUAGCGAGACACGGAGUGGGGGGGUGUGGGGGAGGGAGUCUGAGUGAGAGAGAUAGAGCGAAAGAAUGCGAGCUGAGCGAGGUAAAGUGUGGAUGGGAGUAUGAAAGAGCGAAAGUACGAUUGAGAUAAUGGAGUUUUAAUGAUCAGAGAACAAAAUAAGAAAACUAAGACUGAAAUUUUUGUUUUGAUUUUAGUGAAAUAAAAUAAAAUGACAUUUAGAGAGCACUGAAUACAAUAAUAUCACAGUGUGUAAAAGGUUUACAGCAAGUGGCAAAGAUUAAGAUGACAUUGGGAUUUAUCCAUUGAGGACCCCAGUGACCUGUGUUUGAUUCCCAGCUGCAGGUUUGUUGUAAAGAUUGACAAUGAGUUGUCAUAUCUGAACCGGUCCUGGGCCUCCCCUCUUCACCAACCAGUACAAACUAGCUUCAUGAUAUAGCGUACGAUCAAACAACACCCAUAACGUGUUUUUUUACAGCAAUGGACGGCUGACAAUGGACUAAAUUACUGUAUAUAUUUAAAAAUAUUCAUCCAUGGCAUGUAUGAUACCAGUUGAAGUAUAUGAACACUGUAAAAAUAAAAUUUUCACAUGAACUCAAUUAGAACACUCAUGUGGCUCAUAAAACAUGAAGUAUAUAACGAUAUGUCUUUAAAAGGGUCGAAUGCCUUGUCACUGUAGACCAAAAUAAGCUGUAAACCGCACUCAGUAUAUUGAGGAUAGAGUUGUGUAGAUAGGAGUUAUGUGUCCAUAAUUUUCCCCCUAAAAAAUCGCAAUUGACCAAGGUAAAAUCGCCACACGUAAUAGUCCACAACUAUCAUGUGCUCCAAAGGUAACGGGGAAAAAGGAGUUAAUCGAUGGUGCACAUUGCCUCGUAAAUGUGGCACCUUUUAAAUUAAACACGGCGAGGUGACAAAA